AGUUGUAAUAAAUUUGUGUCAACAGUGCAUCCCUAUUCUUGCGUCAUUCCGUUCCUGCUUUCUCGCAAAAGUUUUUUCACAAUGGCACCCAAGUCAAUUGUAUUUGCAGUUCUUGUGGCUUCCGGCCUCAGUUGCUGCCAGCCUCAACAGACUGCCGCGGCUGAUGAUAUAGAGAAGUCCCUGCAACGUCCAGAGAUGUUGCCUUUCCUUCCUUCUCUGUGGAAAAGUGAGGGGCUGCUUUUCACCGACGUUCUCCUCCAAAAGCUGUUACUGCCAUUCGGUCUUACUUCUCCCUACACGAAUUUAUUUUUUACCGAGGCAAUCCGAGAUAUUGCCAACGAGCUAGACUUUUCAGAUGGGGAGGGCCGGCGACUCCGGGGGCGCCAACUGCAGUCAUUCGAGUCACCUAAAGACGCCAUCCGUUCCUUCACGAGAAGUUUGCACGGUGCACUUGGAGGCAACGUGUUCGAUUUGGCAUUUGCAGACCAGCUGAUUGAUCAACUGCCUUCUGCAUUUUCUGAACAGUUAGCCAGCGUGACGGAGGCUUUCGGAAGUGAAAUAUUGCGGGUUCUCGCCGACGCGGAGAACCCCGCCUCAGUGAUCAUCCAGCAGCUAGUGGCUCCGUUCGAAGGCGAUGGAAUUCCGUUUCUGAUGGGGUCCGAACAAUUAGAGGAAGCUGCUGAUUUUCCAAGGCUCCUGCAGGAGGUGAAGAAACUCGAGGUAGCGCCGACGGCAGGAGUUAAUCAAGUGGAUGCUGCAUCUGCCGAAGUGAUGAAGAUGAUCGAAGCAGCGCUUGGAGAUUUCGGCACUGCACCUCCCGAUGCCAAUGUUGAAUCUGAGCGCUCUGUAUCCGUUGAGGAGAACCUUGCAGCUCGAGAAGAUGUGGUGAACGUGGCUCACGAAAUUGGUAAGCGAUUCGGAGUUGCAGAGCUCUACGCGAAUCUCGCGGGUGCUUUCUGCGACGAGUUCCUAAUCCCUGCUGGCUUGGUGAAACACGUUGCAGCCUUGAUUCUUGAGGCAAAGGUCGCUCUAUCAGAAGAAGAUAUGAACAUGUGGAACCCUCUCAGCCUUUUAGUUGGCAUGAUUGGUUCAAAGGAUGGCGAUCAAGCUGAACUGCACCAACUGCUGGCAUUGGCGGCAAAACUUGGCAGCACACUGGGAGCAGAGAAGUUCUACAUCAGUCUCGCGAAGUCGUUCUUCUGCACCUUCUUAGUUCCCUUCAAACUCGACAGGGUCGUCACAGAGUUGCUUCUGACGAGGAAAGACGUUCUCUUCAAGGCGGCUGCAGUGAAGGCUCUUCUCCUGGCCAAGAGUUCUACGAAGGCGUUCACCACUGCGCUCCUCGUUCCCAAGGCUCUGGCAGCGUUGGCGGUGAAACGUUCAGACUUGUUGAAACUUCCAACACUAAUGGGAGGCGGGCUUGACAGCUUUGACAUUCUGAAAAAUCCUCUCCUUCUCGGAGGUGUCAAGCUGCUGUAUCCUGAGGCAUGCCUGAAAAUUUUGGGUUAUGCACUUCAGCUUGGAGAAAAAGUUGGCAAGGGCCUCCUCUACAUGGUCGUGAGUAAGGCGGUGGUUCACACCAUCUUGGAUCCUCUAGGGCUGACAGAGAUUGUCGCGGAAUUAAUUGCAACAAAGUGUGGAACUGCUGGCGGAGGUGGCUGGCCAUUCUCGGGGCCAGCGAGAACUGUGACAAUCAUCGAAGGGCUUCCGUCCGCGGAAGUCCAGAAUACGGAUACGAAAGAGAAGAUCCUCGAUCUUGCUCGACUAGCGGGAGAGGCGACAGGGAAUGAGGAACUGUAUGCAACGCUAAUGAGUUUCUUCAUCGACGGUGUUCUGGAGCCUCUCGACCUCACGAACGCCGUCGCCGAGUCUCUUUCCGAGACUGCAGCAACGAUCUCUACAGCAGCUGCAGAUGUGAGCAUCACGGACGUCAUUGAAGAUCUUGUGGCCGCUGUGUAUACAUCAUAAGACGCCUUAUACGCCGCUUCUGUAUUUUCCUUUUCAGUGCUGUGAACAAUGAGACUUUUUAAUCGCACUAUGCCCCCGAGGCUUCUAAAUCAAGUGUGUAGUU